GUAACCAGGGAAACCGCAUUGCAGACAGAGUAGGACUGAAAAGCGGUUUGGGGACUAGCAGAGGACAAAGUUAAACUGUAGCACGAUUCUGAAAUACUGUUGCGACUUACAGAAAAAAACAAAAACAACAAAUGGAAGAACCCGAGGAAACCGCGACGCUGAAUAACCAGAGGGAUCUGGCAACGAGUAACGCCAAAGCAUACCUCCUGAAGAACAGUACGAAAUCCAACACCAAUCUCUAUGAUCACCUGGCUCGGGUUCUGAACAAGGUCCUGGAUGAGCGUCCAGAGAAUGUGGUGGACAUGUUUGAGGACCUCAGCAGGGACAUCAAGAGGUCUCAGUUCUCCAAGAAGAUGGACACCCUUCGCGACGAGCCUGAGAGCUCCGCGGCCUUCGAUCUCGCUGAGAUUCAGAAGGUGCUGUUCAGCAAAGGGGGAGCCGAGGGAUCAGAGGGGCAGGAGGAAGAGCUGGUAGAGACCCCGCUCCCCAACGUAAUGGAGCUGGCGUUCUACUUUGAGCAGGCUGGGGUAGGUCUCAGUCGGGAGGAGAUGUACUGCAUCUCCCUGGCUCUCAAACAACUGGUAGACAGCCAGCCCUUGCAGAAAUGUCGCUUCUGGGGGAAGAUCCUGGGCACGCAGGGCAACUACAUAGUGGCGGAAGUGCAAUACCGAGAAGGGGAGGAGGAAGAGGAGGAGGGGAGCGAGGAAGAUGUUGAGGCAGAGAAAGAUUAUGGAAGGGACGAUGAUGAGGACAAAGAAAGGCAAGAGGAGUUAGACCCGCUCCCGAAAUCCAACUACAAACCGCCCCCUGUCGUCCCCAAAGAGGACAACCACACCGGGGUGAACAAGUUUACCUACUUUGUCUGCAGUGAGCCUGGGAAGCCGUGGAUCAAGCUGCCGCAGCUGACGCCAGCGCACAUCGUAGCCGCCAGGGAAAUCAAGAAGUUCUUCACAGGCCACCUGGACACCCCAAUUGUCAGCUACCCACCUUUCCCCGGAAACGAGGCCGCCUACCUGCGGGCGCAGAUCGCCCGGAUCUCAGCGGGCACACACAUCAGUCCGCUGGGGUUCUACCAGUUCGGAGAGGAGGAAGGCGAGGAGGAGGAGGAGGCUGUGAGGGACAGCUUUGAGGAGAAUCCCGAUUUUGAGGGGACCCCCGUUGGUGAGCUGGUGGAUAACUCAACCUGGGCACACCACGUGCAGCACAUCCUACCACAGGGCCGCUGUGUCUGGGUGAAUCUAGCCCAGAAGAAAGAACAUGAUUUUGAAGAGGGGGAAGAGGAAGAGGAGAAGGAGGAAGAACCAGAUGAGCCUGAGCCUGAGGUGGGACCACCCCUCCUGACCCCCGUGUCUGAGGACGCAGAAAUCAACAAUACGCCUCCAUGGACAGGAAGGCUCUCUUCUAAUCUCAUUCCGCAGUAUGCAGUUGCUGUUAUGAAGUCAAACCUCUGGCCAGGAGCUUAUGCUUUUGCAACUGGAAAAAAGUUUGAGAACAUCUACCUGGGAUGGGGCCACAAGUACAGCGCUGAGAACUACAGCCCCCCUGCACCUGCGCUGCUGCAGCAGGAGUACCCGAGCGGCCCCGAGAUCACGGAGGUGGACGACCCCUCUGUGGAGGAGGA